AUGAAUGUAGGAUCGAUUCUCAAUGGUGAGUCGCCCUCGAAGAGCGGCGACGUUGACAGCAAGGAGCCGGUGGGCCAGCGGCCCUCGCUACCUGAUCUUCCCCACCGGCAAUCGAUCAAUAACUUGCUCAACGAGACUCCCAAAAACAGGCGUGCGGGGACAAAUCCACAAGGCAGCUCUCUGCCAGAUCCCCAAGUGGGAUCCGACGCGUCUGAGACAAGCUACCCUGCCAAUUCUGAUGAGGCCGAAGACGAGGACGAUGUGGAUGCGGACGCAGAGGAUAUCGACCGUGAGCUAGCCGCCGCCAGUACGUCCGCCAAUGCGAAACGCAGUGAUUUUCUCGAUACCGAGCUCAAAAAGCUACAGCAGCUCAAGGCUGCGCGGAAGAAGCCUGUCAGGUACCAAGAGCCGCCGGUGUGGGCCCGCCAGUGGAUUCCUCCAUCGCAGCAGGGCCAAGGCAUAAGCAGCAGCAGUUCCGAGGGCGGGCCUGGGCCCGCAUAUGUGGGCCUGGUCGGCAGCGCGGGCCCAGCGGCGAAGUCCGUGUUUUCGCGGGAGGCCAUGGUGCUGUCGGACUUGGAAUGUCUGAUCACAGGCGUAAUUCCGCCCCAGCUGACGGUCCGUACCAUUGCCGAGUGGCUCUACGCCAAUUUCGUCGAGAUCCUGCUUGAAAACCGGCAGUAUGUGGAGCUCGAGCUCAAGUUCGGCACCCUCGUCGAUAAAGACACAGGCUCGCGAAUUGACGUGGGCGUGUCCACCGAGUGCAUCUACACGAAAACGGCAAACACGCGGUUUGACAUGGGUGUGCACGAAGUGGGCUGGCGCGAGAUGCGGCUGUUCUUGGACGAGUUGGAAAAGAACUACGCUGAGGCCGUUCGUAAAGACCCUACCCGGCCGCGGCGUAAGUUCUCACUCACGGAGUCGAACAACACCGACUACUUCUACCAGAUCACUGAGCGCAACGAGAAACCCCGCAAAAUCCGCAUCUCGAAGGACAACCUGCUCAGUCCACCGCGGUACACUGCAAUCUCAAAGCAGCGCGUCUCCGACCUUUUCAUCCACAACCCUUCGUCGAUGUAUGAUCUCAGACUCUCGCUUCUGAUUGAGUUCCCGGUUGACGCCCAGAACAUUGAACCCAUCAUGAAGAAAAACAAGCCCUCUUUGCAGCGCGGCAAGGCACGUGCCUCAUACUCACAUGCGCCCACGGUAACGCGCUUCGACUUCACGGAGGUUUCGUCGCCAAGAGCAUCCAAAAACAAAGCUGGCCGUGCCGUUGCAGAGCACGAGAAAACCCACGAGUUGGAGCUCGAGAUAGACACGUACCAGAUCUUCCGCGGCUUUGACCGUGUCCGAGAUGGAUCCGACACCAUCCGCUUUGAGGAGUUGGUAGAAAUUUUCCUUAAUAAUGCGCGGUGUCUCAAUAACCGUGUCACCAAGUUGGCGUCGAAAUAG